AUGUUCAUUUUGAUGGGAGUCUUCUUCUUCCUCAACAUUCCACUUCUCAUGGCAAAUUACAUUGAUCCCAUGUGCUUUUGGAGAAUAAACCUGAAUGAAAUCAAGGAUAAAGCUUUGCAAUUAACUUGUUCCUUUAUCCUUGGAGCAGUUCAGAUGCCUAUGGAGAAAGAUUAUUUCAACCAGACUCUGAAUGUCCUAAAAACAACUAAAAAUCACAAAUAUGCUUUGGCAUUGGCAUUUGCAAUGGAUGAAAUCAACAGGAAUCCUGAUCUCUUACCAAAUAUGUCUUUGAUUAUAAAAUACAAUUUUGGCCAUUGUGAUGGGAAAACUAUGACAACUACACCGUAUUAUUUUCAUCAGAAGAAAUAUGAGCCCAUUCCUAAUUAUUUCUGUAAUGAAGAUACUACGUGUUCAUUUCUGCUUACAGGACCCGAUUCGAGAAUAUCAUGGGAAUUGGGGCUAUACAUGGAUAUCUUCUUUUCUCCACGUUUCCUUCAACUUACCUAUGGACCUUUCCAUUCCAUGUUCACCGAUGAUGAACAAUAUCCCUAUCUCUAUCAGAUGGCCCCAAAGGACACAUCUCUAGCAUUGGCAAUGGUUUCCUUCAUACUUUUCUUCCACUGGAAAUGGGUUGGCCUUGUCAUCCCUGAUGAUGAUCAAGGCAAACAUUUUCUCUCAGAGUUGAAAAAAGAGUUUGAAAAGAAGGAAAUUUGCUUUGCCUUUGUGAACAUGAUGUCAGUCUAUGAGAUUUCAUUCUAUCACAAAACUGAAAUGAACUACAAACAAAUUGUGAUGUCAUCCACAAAUGUUAUUAUCAUUUAUGGGGAAGCAUAUAGUAAUAUUGAAUUGAGCUUCAGAAUGUGGGAAUCUACAGUUAUACAGAGAAUAUGGAUCACCACAGUACAACUGAAUUUCCCUACCAGUAAGAAAGACUUAACUCAUGGCACAUUCUAUGGGACUUUUACUUUUGUACACCACCAUCGUGAGAUUUCUGGCUUUAAAAAGUUUGUGCAAUCAUUGUGCCAUCUCAAAAGGACAGAUUUAUAUCUAGCAAUUCCAGAGUGGAAGUACUUUAACUGUGAAGCCUUAACAUGUAAUUGUAAAUUACUGAUGAAUUAUUCAUCUAAUGCAUUAUUGCAAUGGCUAAUGGAACAGAAAUUUGACAUAACCUUUAAUGAUGGUAGUCAAAACAUAUACAAUGCUAUAUAUGCCAUGGCCCAUGCACUCCAUGAGACAAAUCUGCAACAGGUUGAUAAUCAGGCAAUAGACAAUGGGAAAGGAGCAAUUUCUCACUGCUUGACGGUAAAUUCAUUUCUGAGAAAGAUCCACUUCACUGAUCCUCUUGGGGACAAAGUGAUUAUGAAACAGAGAGUAAUUCUGCAAGAAGAUUAUGACAUUUUCUACUUUGGGAAUAUCUCAGAACACCUUGGGAUUAAGGUGAAGUUAGGAAAGUUCAGCCCAUAUUUUCCACAUGGACAACACUUUCACUUAUAUGGAGACAUGAUUGAAUUGGCCACAGGAAGUAGAAAGAUGCCGUCUUCUCUGUGUAGUACAGAUUGUAGUCCUGGAUUCAGAAAAUUCUGGAAGGAGGGAAUGGCAGCCUGCUGCUUUGUUUGCAGCCCUUGCCCUGAAAAUAAAAUUUCUAAUGAGACAAAUAUGGAUCAAUGUGUGAAUUGUCCUGAAUACCAUUAUGCCAACACAGAACAAAACAUAUGCAUUCAGAAAGGAGUCACCUUUCUAAGCUAUGAAGACCCCUUGGGGAUGGCUCUUGCCUCAAUGGCCUUCUUUUUCUCUGCAUUCACAGCUGUAGUACUUUGUGUCUUUGUGAAGCACCAUGACACUCCUAUUGUGAAGGCCAAUAACAGAAUCCUCAGUUACCUGUUGCUCAUGUCACUCAUGUUCUGUUUUCUGUGCUCCUUUUUCUUCAUUGGCCAUCCUAACAGAGUCACCUGUGUCUUACAGCAGAUCACAUUUGGAAUUGUAUUCACUGUGGCUGUUUCCACAGUUCUGGCCAAAACAGUCACUGUGGUUCUGGCUUUCAAAAUCACAGACCCAGGAAGAAUGUUGAGAAACUUCCUGGUAUCAGGNACACCCAACUACAUUAUUCCCAUAUGUUCCCUAUUCCAAUGUAUUCUGUGUGCAAUCUGGCUAGCAGUUUCUCCUCCCUUCGUUGAUAUUGAUGAACACACUCAGCAUGGCCACAUCAUCAUUGUGUGCAACAAAGGCUCAGUUACUGUAUUCUAUUGUGUCCUGGGAUACUUGGCCUGCCUGGCACUAGGAAGCUUCACUGUGGCUUUCAUGGCCAAGAAUCUGCCUGACACAUUCAAUGAAGCUAAGUUCUUGACCUUCAGCAUGCUAGUGUUCUGCAGUGUCUGGGUCACCUUCCUCCCUGUUUACCAUAGCACCAAGGGCAAGUUCAUGGUUGCUGUGGAGAUCUUCUCCAUCUUGGCAUCCAGUGCAGGGAUGCUUGGAUGCAUCUUUGCACCCAAGAUCUAUAUCAUUUUAUUGAGACCAGAGCGAAAUACUAUCCAAAAGAUCAGGGAAAAAUCAUUUUUCUGA